AUGAUAGUCUACACCAUGAUAUGUUACACCAUGAUAGGCUACACCGUGAUAUGCAACACCAUGAUAUGCAACACCAUGAUAGGCUACACCGUGAUAUGCUACACCAUGAUAGGCUACACCGUGAUAUGCAACACCGUGAUAUGCAACACCAUGAUAUGCAACACCAUGAUAUGCUACACCGUGAUAUGCUACACCAUGAUAUGCAACACCAUGAUAGGCUACACCGUGAUAUGCAACACCAUGAUAUGCAACACCAUGAUAGGCUACACCGUGAUAUGCUACACCAUGAUAGGCUACACCGUGAUAUGCAACACCGUGAUAUGCUACACCAUGAUAUGCUACACCGUGAUAUGCUACACCGUGAUAUGCUACACCAUGAUAUGCAACACCAUGAUAUACAACACCAUGAUAUGCUACACCAUGAUAUGCUACACCGUGAUAGGCUACACCAUGAUAUGCUACACCAUGAUAGGCUACACCAUGAUAUGCUACACCAUGAUAUGCAACACCAUGAUAUGCUACACCAUAAUAUGCUACACCAUGAUAUGCUACUCCAUCCCUUGUGAGAACGCUGCCUAA